AUGUAUCUCAAAGAAACGAGUGAAUUGGCGUCAUCAAUGCCAUCCAAUCCAUUCCGAAACCAUUUUUUACCUGGUCUGGUACCAUUCGAACACGUCAAUGACGGUAUUACAGUUAGCGCUGUCGAACAACCACAAAUUACCAAUGGAAUUAUAUGCCAACCCACUCCAAAGAGGAUAGCAUGGGGAAUCAGGAGCCAGAUUUUAAGAAAAAUCCCCGUGUCCUUUUGUCAUUCGUUUUCCUUUUUACUCUCUAUUUUUGCUUCUCCAUUUGUCUUUUUUCUUUCACCAUUUAAAAAAUUCUCUCGUUUUCUUUUUCUUUCUUUUCUUUGUUCAUUUUUCGUUCCUCCAUUUUAUUUUUCUCUUUUUCUGUCUCUAUUUUUCUCUCUUUUUACCCCCCCCCUUACUUAUUUUUGUCUCCGUUUUAUAUCCGUCUGCCUGUUUCUUUCUUUCUUUCUUUCUUUCUUUCUUUCUUUCUUUCUUUAUCACAUUCAGUUUUUAUUUUAUUUCCUUCUCCUGCCAUACUUUUUAAAUUUCUUUUUUCUAUUUCUUCUGUCUUUCUAUUUCCACUCCCCGCAACAUUUCUCUCUCUCUUUCUCUCUCUUUUUCUUUCUCUCUUUCUUUCUCUCUCUCUCUCUAGGUACACGAUUUCUUUUUUACUCCGUCUCUUUUACCUUUCUAUUCUAUCUCCUUCUAUCUCAUUUUCUUUUACCAUUUGUCAUUUCUUUCAUCCUUUCUUUUCUUUUCUUUUCUUUUCUUUUCAUUUCUUUUCUUUUCUUUUCUCUUUUCUCUCUGCCUUUCUCCUCUCUUCUUCUGUCUCUUUACCCACUCUCUUUCACUUCCGUCUUUCUGCUUCAUUUUUUUCUUUCUUCUCCCUGCAUCUAUAUUUUCUCUCUCUCUCACUUUUCAAUCUCUGUCUUCUCUCUUUUUUUACCUUUUCCUGUCAUACUUUUAAGAUCUAUCUUCUUUUCCCCCUUUUCUGUCCUUCCCCUCCCCUAUUAUAGUACUUUUAUUUCGCUCUCUACUUUAUUUUUCUCUCUUUUAAUUUUUCUCCCCCUCUGGCAUAUAUUUUCUCAUUUUUUUUCUUCUUGCUCCCCACGACACAAUAUUCUCUCUUUAUCUCGGUUUGUCUCACCAAAAUUUAACUACCCACAUUUACCUCCCUUGUUUAUUCACAUUGUCGCUUUUCUGCUUUCAAACGCCAUUGUAAUGGGCACAACUUCAAACUCAAUAGCGGAUACGUCUGCUUUUUAG